GUGAUUCCAACGGCUCCCUUAAACCAAAAGGACUCUCUCUCUCUCUCUCUCUCUCUUAAACCCCUCUUAAAAAUCGACUCCUCUCUCCUCCCGUCUCUGCCCAGUUUCUCUCUCCUCUCUCUCUCUCUCUAUGACUCGUUCCCUUCUCCCCACACCAUGCCCUCACCUUUCCCCAAUGGCGCCGAUCCCUCCCCGCACCACCACCGCUUCCACUCCACCGUGUCGGAGACGAAGCUCCGCCGCCUCAACUCCCUCAUCCUCCUCCUCCGCCUCGCCUCCUUCUGCUUCGCCCUCGCCGCAGCCGUGUUCAUGGUCACCAACUCCUCGCGCUCCCCCGGCUCCCCCUCCUGGAUCGACUCCGAACCCUUCAGGUUGGUGUUCGCGGCGAACGCGAUCGUCGCCGUGUACUCCCUCUUCGAGAUGGGCGCGUCGAUCUGGGAGAUCCUGAAGGGGUCCACGCCCCUCCCCGAGCCGAUGCAGCUGUGGUUCGACUUCGCGCACGAUCAGGUGUUCGCGUACCUCGCGGCGGCGGCUGGGGCGGCUGGGGCGGCGGAGGCCCGGGGUAUGCGGGGCUCGGGCGCGUGCGCCUCGGAGAGCGCGUUCUGCGUCCAGGGCGACAUCGCGGUGGCGCUAGGGUUCGCCGCGUUCGCCUUCGUCGCCCUCGCCGCGCUCGCCUCCGGGUUCCGCCUCGUCUCCUUCCUCGUCACCGGCUCUCGCUUCCCCCUCUCUUAAAUAGUACCUCUCUCUCUCUCUCUCUCUCUCUCUCUCGCUCUCUCUCUAUUUGAUAUUUAAAAUGUUUAGGAUAUAUGUGAUUUUUGUAGAGCUGUUUUGUGUGUGUGUAUGUAUAUUUAUGCUUGCUUUUGAUCCUGUGGUUUACAAAGAAAAACCAGAGGACGAGUAAUUUUGAGUUUGUCAUGAAUAAAUGUUUCUUAGUUUAUUUUACUA